GCCGCCCACGUGUGCGUUCUCUUGAUCUACCUGGCGCACUCUUUCCUUCUGGACGAGACCUGCCCCUUAAGGGUUUGGCAGCAGCACAUCUUCAAAAAGUAUUGCAAUCUAAAAGUUCUUGACGCGGCCCUAUAUCGCAUAUUCAAGAUGCGAGACUUUCGGUUGCGGAUCACCGAAGCGGAGGAGAAAGAGGCCUUGAGCGUCUUGCUCUUGCGCACUAAUGGUUACAUGGUCCACGCCCCAGCUUCCGCCGGCCUCGGGGUACGCAGGCCUUAA